CAAUAUGGCGGCAUCAGUGCCGUAAAGCUGCAAUGGCGCAGUUAUUGCGACGUUUUCCGUCGCGGCUAGAGUUGCUGUCUGGACAAUGUAGUUUAGUACUAUCAAAAUAUACACCCCGAUACAACAUAACGCUGUAUUUUUUGUAUUAUUACUUACACAGUACAGUAUAGAGUGUAUUAAAAUUGUUGGUACCGACAAAUACAACGAUAAAAAGGUGUCAAAUACCAUUAACCCCUGAUUUCGUCACCAUGUACAAACUACAUUAUCCACAAGAGUGUUUUAAUUGACGCUAUUGACAGGGGACGACAGCGGCUCCUGGGCUUUAAAGAACAAGAAAGACGCCUUUUGUGGAGUAAUAGGCUACCUUUGUAAAUACUUGGAUAAGGCGGCUGGGGGACGUUUAAUAAAUCUUAAAGAAAUCUUAAAGAUAGAUACAGUUAGUUUCUGUGGCAAAAGCGGAGAUAGGAUGUAAAUGUAAUCAGACAGGACCAACCCCGGGAGUCAGCAGCCAGUCACACCCUUGUCUGCAGACUCUGAAGUAACCUACGUGAACCUGUGGGAACCAACGUGAAACUGUUAUUCUUAUGCAUUGGAGGUACAUGCUGUUGAGCUACUGACGACAAGAGAGGACCGUUGUACAUUUUCUGGGAUUUUCUGAAGUGGAUAUGUCUGACUCAUCAUCCUCCUCCUCCUCCUCAACAUCAUCAUCAUGUGGCAUUAUGAGCAGCCCCAUGUACACCUUCGUCUCCCGUGAUGACAACAGCAGCGUUUAUGCAGAAGUUUCCAAAAUCCUUCUGUCGACUGGAAAGUGGAAGAGGCUGAAAAGGGAUAAUCCCAGAUUCAACUUGAUGCUUGGUGAACGAAACAGACUGCCAUUUGGACGCCUAGGUCAUGAACCAGGGCUGGUACAGCUGGUCAAUUACUACAGAGGAGCAGACAAGCUCUGCAGAAAAGCAUCCCUGGUCAAACUAAUAAAGACCAGACCAGAGCUGUCUGACUCUGUGAACUGGUUCCCAGAAUCCUACAUCAUCUAUCCCACUAACCUCAACACGCCUGUGGCUCCGGCCGAAAACGGCCUCAGCCAUUUGAAGAACAAUCCAAAGACAGAUGAGCGUGAGGUGUUUUUGGCCUCUUAUCAUUCUAAAAGAGAGAGUGGGGAAGGGACAGUGUGGAUAGCGAAGUCUUCUGCUGGUGCAAAAGGUGCAGGUAUUUUGAUAUCCCAUGAUGCAAAUCAACUGCUGGAGUUCAUUGAUAAUCAGGGACAGGUUCAUGUUAUUCAGAAGUAUCUGGAGAAACCUUUACUCCUUGAGCCUGGACACCGGAAGUUUGACAUCAGGAGCUGGGUGCUAGUGGACCAUCAAUAUAACAUCUAUUUAUACAGAGAGGGGGUUUUGCGGACCUCCUCAGAGCCUUACAACAGCUCUGAUCUGCAGGACAUGACCAGUCACCUGACUAACCACUGCAUCCAGCAGGAGCACUCGCAGAACUACGGGCGAUAUGAGGAAGGCAACGAGAUGUUCUUUGACGAGUUCAAGCUGUACCUGAUGAACAGUCACAAUGUUGCACUGGAGACCACCAUAUUACCUCAAAUCAAGCAUAUUAUAAAGAGCUGUCUGACUUGUAUUGAACCAGCGAUCAGCACCAAACACCUGUCCUACCAGAGCUUCCAGCUCUUUGGAUUUGAUUUCAUGGUAGAUGAAAGUUUCAAAGUGUGGCUCAUAGAGAUCAACGGAGCUCCAGCCUGUGCCCAGAAACUGUAUUCAGAACUCUGUCAAGGUAUUGUGGACGUGGCCAUUUCAACUGUCUUUCCCUUAAACAGCAGCAGUGACUCCUCAUCUGCUUCUUCGUCUCCUUAUUCCUCCUCCCCCUCCUCUGCAUUCAUCACUUCCACCACCUCCUGCUCCUCACCCAAACUGAGGGGACCUCUUCACAUAGGCCCUUUCACUCGACUUUGAGCUCCAACUCCAAUAUUCCCAUUGUCUACUUCACAAUAUAAACUUCUUUAUGUUCUGUCACCAGUGCAUCUGAGAAGCAGCACAAGCCGAAAGGUUUAGCCUUCCUUACAACACAAAAACAGGCAUUUCUCUCAAAAGUACAGGCAAAGUGAAGAGGAUCUCUGUAACAGUCUGUGUUUCUCGUGUUGCUGCUGUUGUCGGUGUUGCUUUGCGAGGUUCACUCCCGCCUCUGUUUCAUCAGCAGGUUCUCUUUGACCAAGAAAAUAAAUACAAGUCUGACGGAUGAUGAAAUGCUGCUAAGAUAGACUGUAGUGCCUUACAUUUCCAACCACAUUCACUUCAGUAGACUGCCAGUUAACCACAGGUCCUUGAACCCAUUGCUCGCAAUAGAUUUGUUUUUUUACUCGAGUUGAUUUGUCAAAUAAUAUACAAUUAGUGGCUUCCUUUCAGCGAUGAGACAGUGGUUCCUCACUAGAAACUAUUUGUUGUAAUAAUUUAAUAUAAUCCCUAAAUUAUCAUUAGGAAUGUCCCGAACUCUGUCUUGUGGGUUUCUCCGUUGGUUUACGCAAGUGUACAGUAAUGAAGGGCACACUCGGCAAUAAAAAUCUGUAGAAAACUGUAGAAUUUAUUGUAAUAUCCCAGUGGACCUUUCUGUGGUAAAGCUCUUAUCACUUAAGCAGCAGUUUAAUAAACCACUUCCUAAUAGAAAAGAGACAGAGCAGCAGACAGAAUCACUGAUGACAGUGAGAAGAGGAGCAUUCAAGGUAUUGCUGAAAAAAAAAAACAUUUUACUGCAACAAAAUCAUGCUGUUACUGGUAUUGAUCUUCCUCGUCUGAUGUUUGAUUGGACUCUGUUUGAGUCUUUGACACAAAUCAGUCUUAAAUCAGUCAUACUCACUCUCACUCCCUGACACUCUACUUUUCGGUGUCCAAACAUGUAUAUUUAGUUUUUACGCAUGAUAUUAAUAUUCCAUGGCAGUCUGAGUUCAGACAAAUGUGACUGAGUUUUUGUGAAAUCUCUGUUUUUUUUGUUUUUUUUACAGAGCACAAAUACUUUUAGAAAAGCAAAUGCAAUUUGCUUCAAGGUCGGGCAUGACUCUGCAUCAGCAAAAGAGAAGCCCUACAGACUGAUCAGAAAUAGCUCCACUUGUUAUGGAAGUAGUUGUAACUUACUGUAAAAACACCAAUAACUUCUAGUUUUAGUCCUUGAAUAUUACUCGUUUUCCAAUGCAUUUCUUUUAAGCCGUAAAUGGUCAAUUUUUCAUUCGAACUGAGUCUAAUCUGAUGCACGUAAACCGCACCUUCUGCUCUUGUUUACCCAGUGUUGUGGUUAUUUUUGGUGAGAGAAAUAUUGUCUUUCAGUUUGUGUACUGCAGCAGAUUUGUUGAAACCAAAGCAGGGCAUAUUAUUCUGAGUGUGUCGUUGAUUAAUAGUGUAUUUUUUUAGACCCUGUGUAAACGUUGGUUGGGCAGAGACCAUACAUUUACCUGACUUCAUUCUUUGCUGUAUCACGGCUCUGUUAGCAAACUGUGUCACAUGACCAAAGAAAAUAGUCUGCAUACAGACAUUGGACUAAAACACACAUACUGUGGUGUCAUCUGUAGUUUUCUAAAUUUUUUAGAAAGGACUCUGUCGUCGCUCAGAGGUCAAAGAAGCUACACGCUGUGGUGUACUUUUAAUUUCUGUUCUGUGUAGAUGGUCAUUGAAUUUUCCGUGUUAUUAUUUUUUUUAUCUACAUUAGCAUGUGUAUGGCUCUCAGUGUGACAUAUUGCAUUGUUGUAGCACACUGUUGUAGCAUUCAUUUAAGUUUGUGGUUUUAUUGUGUGUAUUGUUUGGGUUUUUUUUGCUUUGAAGAAUGAAGUAUGUUAAGUAGGCUGAAGGUUAUUAUAACCAAUUAUUGUGGCCUUCCCUGACCAAAGCCAACCUUGUUCAUUUAAAAAAAAAAUUGUACCAGAAAUCACUGUAAACCUAAAAGUACAGUUUGUGAAACAAAAUUUCAAAAUCCUGCUAUU